AUGGAGGCAAAUAGGCCGUUUAUCGCUCCUGUAGUCGCUCGCAUUGGUAAACUGUGGACGAAUUUCUGGGGUGCAGUUACUCAAGAAGGCUUCUAUGCUCGUUCAUCAGACUACACUGCCAUCACUUUGAACGAACGCAGGGGUUUAUGGAACGUCCCAUACGUUGCCGGCGUGUAUCUCAUCAAAGGCAGUCGUUUAGCCGAAUUAAAAAAUGCAUUUUCAUAUUCGCCGACGGUAGAUUCGGAUAUGAGCUUCUGUCAGUUCAGUCGUGAUAAUGGUUAUUUUAUGCUGGUCGAUAAUCAGGAGUACUACGGCCAUCUCGUGAAUCCCGAAGAUUAUGAUACGUCAGUGAUUCAUCCUGAUCUGUACAACAUAUUUGAGAACAAAAUUGACUGGGAACGGAAGUAUCUGCACGAAAACUACUCUGACGUUUUGAAACCUGGCUAUGAAUUUACUUUGCCU